GCGCGCAGCCCCUUCGCCCCGCGCGAAUCCUGGCGGCGCGCGGCCCGCACGGCCCCGGUGGCGGGCACCUUCGGGCUGCUGAGCGGAGCCCUGCAGGGCUACGAGGUGCUGCACGCCUUGGGCUAUGGCGGCCAGCCUGGUCUGGAGGGACCCUGGCCCUGGUGGGCCUUCCAGCUAGGCCUGCGCCUGGGCGAGGUGGGCGUCGCGCUCCCGUUGGCGCUGCUGGGCCUCUACCCCGCGCUCAGCAGCCCCCGCGUGCCUCCACGCUGCUGGGCCAAGCUCUUCCGCUUGUCGCCGGGCCACGCGGCCCCCCUGCUGCCCGGGGGCUGGGUCACCGGGCCCCCAGACAAGGAGUCCCUGGGGGGCGCCAUCGCACGUGGCGACGCGGAGCUGCUGCAGCUGUGCGCCCUGGCGGGGCCGGGCCCCGACCUCCUGCUCCAGGGAGGCGGCUGCCGGGGCUUCGAAGGCAAGGCGGCCAACCCGGCUCCUUCUCCGGCCUCCUCCCCCUGCAGCGAUUACACUGUGGACUUCCGCCCGCCCUCCCCAAUCAACCUGCGGCGCAGCAUUGAGGAGGCCCUCUGCAGCGAGGCGCUGCUCACGCCCGGCCUUUUCCAGGGCCCUGCUUUCGGGGAAGCCCUGCCUGGGCUCGGCCUCUUCCGCACGACCUCGUUGGGGGCUGGGCCCAAUGGAAGGUCUGAGGAGGCCCCUGGCUCGCCUGUGCCCCAGGAGCUCCUCUCUCCUGGGGCCUGGCCGGCGGGCAGCAGCGCCUCUUCCGGCUCACUGUGCGGACUUUCGCGGGACAGCUCGUCCAUGCUGCUAUGCUCCAGCCCCGACAGGCCCCCACGCUGUCCGCUGGUCUGCGUCCUCAAUCCCCCGCGGCCCUUAGGAAGCAGCCCUAGCCUCCCGGGCUCAGGCUCCUACCAGGCCCUGUCUCCACCCUCCCGCGACUCCCCAGAGCCUCGCCCUGAGCUGCAGGCCGCAGAGGCUUUGCUGCAGGAGCAAUUCCUGGACGCCUGUCGACAGAUCGACGAGCUGAGUGUGGGCAGCGACACCAUAGACCUGUGAAGAGGCGUCCCCUUGGCUGCCCCAGCCUACGCCCCCUCCUGGCGUCUGCUCUGCCCGAGACCUGCACACUGUAACCCUUCCCCAAUCCUGCCUGGCUCAGAUACCUCUCCCCGCUUCCUUCCCCAUCCAGGAGUCCCUGGGUGGGUGGGUCAGCAGCCAGGCUCUGUUGAUUGGGAUUAGUGCCACCCCCUCUGGAGCCCUGGGCGCAGAUGCCCUCAGCUGCAAUUCCAGGCUGGCAGGGGUCCCACUUUCUUUGGCAUUCACCAGCAAUAAAGCCCCAAGGUGCUCCACUCCUGGCCACCACUCCCCACUCUGGUGCUGAGUGAGAGGGCUGUCCUCAGAGGACCUCGAGACUGGCUUCAGUCCCCACACCCACCUGUGCCAUGCCCAGGAAUCCCAUUCUUGCGUGAUGAGACUCCCUGUCCAACACGUGAUCCUUCCCCAUAGAAGGGUCCAUGGCCCAUCGCGGAGACUCAACAGCAGUUGGGUGGGAGGUGAGCGCUUUCAGAGUUAAUUUAUCAAUAAAAUAUUU